AUGGCUAUCGAAGAAACUACUUCCUCUACUCCAGCUACUCCAACACUACAUGAUCAGAAUGUAGAUCUAGUUCAUCACAACCACCGUCUCUAUAUCUACCCGUCUGAUACACAAGGUGCAGUUCUCAUCUCAAUUCAACUUCAAGGUUCUGAGAAUUAUUCAUUGUGGAGUAGAUCUAUGAAAAUUGUAUUGCAUGGUAAAAACAAGUUAGGUUUUGUGUUAGGAACCUGUAGAAAAUACAUGUUUGAUCCUAGCUUAUACGAGCUAUGGGAUAGGUGUAAUGCUAUUGUAUUGGCUUGGAUAAUGAAUAUUGUGGCUCCAAAUUUGCUUAGUUCUGUGAUAUACGCUUCCGAUGCUCACAAGGUUUGGGAAUAUCUUCGUGAGAGGUUUGAUAAAGUCAAUGCAUCUAGAUCCUUCUACUUACAUAAGGAAAUUGGGAAGUUAACAGAAGGUCUUUUAUCUGUGUCUGAAUAUUUUUCAAAACUUAGAGAGUUAUGGGAUGAAUAUGAGGCUUUAGUUCCUCCUCCUUCGUGUGGUUGUCCAGAACCUAAGCAAAAUGCAGAACAUUAUCAGCUUAGGAAGUUGUAUCAAUUUCUUACUGGGAUAAAUGAUACUUUUGAUAAUGCCAAGGAUCAGAUCCUCAUGACUAGACCAGUACCUAAUAUAAACCAGGCAUAUGCAAUGAUCAUUAAUGUGGAAAGUCAGAGAAGAAACAAUGCUACUGUUGGUAUUGGUGAUCCUGCAACUCUACUGAGUAAUAGAGCCCUUACUGGUGGUUACAACCGUGGCUAUAAGCCCAGAAAUAACUUUGCAAAGUCAUCUCUUCAGUGUGACUUCUGCCAUCUUAAAGGACACACUAGAGACAGUUGUUAUAAACUUCAUGGCUACCCCACUGAUUUUAGAGGCAGGAAAGGAGGGGGAGGUACUCCUGAUGCCAAAGGUGCAUAUGCACACAUUGCCAGCAUAGCACCUGAUUCGUCUACACAACAAGGAAGUGCUGCUAAUCUGGUUCCAUCAUAUAGUUCAGCAACUGAUAGCUCUUCAGCAACAACAGGUGUCUCUUCAGCACCCUUCUUUACUCAGGAUCAAUACAGUCAGAUCCUGCAAAUGUUGAACAAUGCAAAGCAGGUUGAUACUGUGGCUAAUUCUGCAACAAUGAGUAUUACAGGUACUAUAACAGCUCUCAUGUCUCAUCUAGUGACCAAUAAUUGGAUUAUAGAUACAGGUGCUACCAAUCAUAUGGCUCACAACCUCAAUCUACUGAGCAAUAUUAGAAAGCUAUCAGAUAGUGAUCAGAACUCAGUUCAACUUCCUAAUGGUGAAAAUGUUAUUAUCAGUCACACUGGUGAUCUAUCAUUGUCUAAGGAUAAAUCAGUACAUCAUGUACUUUAUAUUCCAGAUUUCAAGUUCAAUCUGAUGUCGGUGUCAAAAAUCACAAAAGAGCUAAGAUGUUUAGUGGCUUUCUUUCCCGACUUCUGCAUAUUUCAGGAGCUCUUCACUGGGAAUGUGAUGGUGAUUGGUAAAGAGGAUCAUGGUCUCUACAUUCUAAAGCACAAAGAACAAUAUGUUCCUAAGCAGCUGCCAGAUCCUAGGCCAUCUCAUUCCAGUCCUUUUGUAAAUACUACUGCUAGUGAAUUUCAAACAAAUAAUGCUAGUAUUGAAAAUAAGCAUUUAUCUGAGUGUCUAGAUGAGACUGUUUUGUGGCAUAAGAGAUUAGGUCGUGCACCAUUAAGAGUUCUAAAGAAGAUAGAAAGCCUACCAAAUGUUCAGUUGAAGGAACACUUCUGUACAGUUGUCUUGUUGCUAAGUAAACCAGAAUUCCUUUUUCUUCCAGUAAUGCAUUUGAUCUCAUACAUGCUGAUGUUUGGGGGCCAUAAAAAGUACCUAAUCAUAAUACUAAGAGUCAAAAAUCAGUUUCAUUGCAAUGUCAAGUGUCUAAGGUCUGACAAUGGUACUGAAUUCUUUAACAACCAGGCAAUAGGACUUUUACAAGAACAUGGCAUAGUUCAUCAAAGUUCUUGUGUAUACACUCCUCAACAAAAUGGCAGAGUUGAAAGAAGACAUAGAUCUAUUCUUGAUAUGGCUAGGGCCUUAAGGUAUUCCUCUAGUCAGAAGGGUUACGUUCUGUAUGACCUGAGCUCCCACCUCUUCUUUGUUAGCAGGGACACUGUGUUCUGGGAAGAUAUUUUUCCAUUCAAACAUCUACACACAACCCUAUCUCCUUUAUUUCCAGUUCUAGAGUUCAGAGAUGCUAACUGUCCUGCUCUGCAUUCUUCUGAUGCCUUCAAUUACUCUGCUUCUCCAUCUCCUUCUAUGCCUCCCGUGCAUGCCCAACCUAGUCCAUUCUUACCUUCUUCACCUUCUACUGAUCAUUCUUCCUCAUCCUCUCUUCCUUCACCUACUCAUGCUGAUUUAAGGAGAUCUUCUAGAGUGUCUAAACCUCCUAUAUGGAUGGAAGACUACAUUGUGAUGUCUAAGCCUUCUUCCUGUGCUCACCCUAUCCCACAGUGUGUAUCCUAUGACUCUAUAUCACCCACCUGCAGGGCAUCAGUUACAGCCUAUUCACUCAUUACUGAGCCAAGGUCUUAUGAUGAGGCCAAGGCAGAUCCCAAGUGGAUUGAGGCUAUGAAAGCUGAGAUUUCAGCCUUAGAAGCUAAUCAGACUUGGACUAUUGUUGAUCUUCCUCUUGGUAAAACUGCUAUAGGAUGCAAAUGGGUCUUUAAAGUGUAG